AUGCACACAUGUUCUCUUCUCAAACUCAAAUCACUAAUAAACUCUUCGAAAAAUGUCGAGCCUAGCUCAGAAUGCGGUCUCGAAAGUGCAGACUACUAUUGCUGUCGUUUCCAGUGGCGAAGGUGAUGAGGUCAGCUUGUUCACCAUGUCCGAUAAGAAGAUCACUGACCUCAUCUACGCUACUCAUGUCCACGCCGAUGACAACUUCGACGAAGACUCACUUUUCCUCAUCGUCCAAAACAUUCUUUCUCGUGCAACUCAGUCCAUCGAAAAGCUUGUUCAGGGAAGCCAAGUUCAUGUGGAGAACGUAGAAGAAGGAACCCAUGCAAAAGCCAACUUCAAUGUGCCCUUGUGCACCCUCAAGUCGAUCAACAGCGAGAUAUGCUGCAACGCUCCGGGAGAGGAAACGGCUCACAAAACAACACUGGCGAUUCUGAACAAGCUAUCGAACUAUUCAUGGGAAGCGAAGGCAGUGCUGGCACUGGCGGCUCUCGCCUUAGAGUUCGGAGAUUUCUGGCUUCUGGCUCAGCUUUACCAGUCGGAUCCACUGGCCAAACAGUUGGCCAUUCUCAAAAGAGUGCCCACUCUCAUCAACCCUUCUGAGCUUCCAAAACGCCGCCAAGCCAUUCUCGAGGUGAGCAAUCUGAUCAAAACCACCAUGCGAGUCAUAGCAAUGUUCAAUGAGUUUGAGAAGCUCUCUGUUUAUGACCAUAAAGACAUUCCUUGCUUGACCACUGUCUUCGACCAUUUGCCUGUCGAUGUUUACUGGUCUAUUCUUACUAUUACAGCUUGUGCUACUAAGGUUUCCAUUCUCAUCAGUGAGGAACCGGAUAGGCCUCAUGAUUUGGCCCCAUAUGCUCAAAAAAUCCACUACAUUCUCAACCAGCUUGUUAUGCAGCUCACUAUCUGCAGAAGACAACUAGAGGAGGCUGAGGCUUACAGAAAAAUAAAAAAAGUCAUGAGAACCCCAACUGGAAUCGUUGAGAUCUUCAAGGCCUUGAUCUUCAGCAACGACAAUGUUGUGCUGCCACUUAUCGAUGGCUCCACAAACAAAACGGUGACUCUGGAAGUACUAAAGGGGAGGACAGUGUAUAUGCUGUUCUCAAGCCUUGACAUCACAGACGACGACAUCACACUCCUGAAACCGAUUCACGACGACAUAAUUUCUAAAAAGAAAGAAACAAACUACGCAAUCGUUUGGAUUCCCAUAGUGGAGCAGUGGACAGAGGAGCUGAAGAACAAGUACGAGACUCUGAGGAAAAAGAUGUCAUGGCACAGUCUGCAGCUGUUUACUCCGAUUGCAGGGAUCAAGUUCGUCAAGGAAGAGUGGCGAUUCCAGGGCAAGCCUAUUCUGGUGGUGAUCAACCCACAAGGAAAGGUGGAGAACCUCAAUGCCUUUCAUCUCAUUCGCGUUUGGGGUCUCAAGGCCUUUCCUUUCAACAAGCAAGUCGAGGAAAAGAUAGACAGAGAGCAUCACUGGAUUGGCUCCGUCGUCAACAACAUCCACCCGACCAUCGAGACUUGGGUCAAAGAGGAGAAGUAUAUCUUCUUCUAUGGAGGAAACGACAACGAAUUGAUCCAAACGUUCACCAAGAAAGUCACUGCUCUUGUGAACGACCCCUUUAUCAAGGAAGCAAAGGUCAAGAUCGAGCUGUUCUGUGUGGGAAAGAAUGCCGAAGGAGGAGAGGACCACGGCAUUCUAAGGCGGUUCUGGACUGGAAUAGAGAGCCUGUUCUUCUCCAAGGCUCACAAGGACGUUGCUGACCCGGUAAGACUGGAGAUCCAGAAGCUUCUUUCUUACAAGAACGAGAGUGCUUGGGCUGUUCUGAGCAAAGGGUCUUCGGUGGUGACCACCGGCCAUGGCUCGGCCCUCCUGAAGGUGGUUGAGGAGUUUGACUCGUGGAAGGCAGCCAUUAAGGUGAAGGGCUUCGAGGUGGCUUUCAAAGAGUAUUACGCUAAGGUUACUGAAACUGUUCGCCACUGUAGCCGCCUUGAUGUCCCUACGGUCGCCGGAAAAGCGCCGGAUACCAUGAAAUGCCCGGAGUGCCCUCGGGUUAUGGAGACCUACGCCAGUUACAAGUGUUGCCAUGUCGAUGGACCUCAUCAUUGAGAUAAUAUCUAUGGCUCUCUCUCUUUCUCUGUCGACGGGAACGGUGUUUUGAGUUUUGAGUUAUGAGUUUUGUGUUUCUGUUUUUGGUAUAAUAAUGGGUACGAUCGAUUGCUUGCCAUACGUGGGCGGUGGUCUAUUACGCAUACCCUUCGAAUCCGGCUCUUUUUUCUUUUCUAUGUUUCGAAACUUGCACAAUAUGUGUACGGUCGUAACUACUUUAUCUUAUGUUAAAUAAAUAAACUAUGAGAUGUUUGUUUUGUUU